CAACAAUGUUGUAAAAAUGCAUUCAAUUAGCUAAGACAGCUUAAUUUUCACAAUUGGUGAAGUCCUACACAAGUUUAGCCUAACAUAAAUGGUUAGAUUAUGAUGAAACCCAUAAGAGAUCUCUCUAAACUCAUAAAAGCAGAGCUGAAGAAUUUAUUCACAAGAUACCUGUAAUAGAAGUGGAUACUGAUGUUGUUAGAUGUUUGGCAAUGCACACACAUCAAUGCAGGCCAUCCUUAAGUCUAUAUCAAAUUGGAUACAAGAACAGAAGGCACACCUUAAACAUGCAAAUACUGUGGUUUAUAAUAUGUCAAGAAGGGCCAUGGAUCACACCACCAUUGAGCAUCAAUCAUAAAUAUUAUAAUAAUUAAUAUAUGAGUCUAA